AGUCACUUGAAGCUAGACCACUAUGGAAAACCUGGAAACACUGAAUGACCGUUUUAUCCUCAGCAGUGCAUAUCCACCAUCCCACCUCGCGAGAUUCUCUGACCAUCAUAUGCUCACCAAUAACUGUCUUCAAGAGGUAUUUCCUAAAGUUCUACUGAGAAGAAGUGACCAAUGGAGUUCAACUUGGUCUGUUGUGAGAUAGUCACUCACUAAUGACAAUGGUGGACAGUGGCGCAAUUUCAUGGAUUGGUUGAGGUUAGACAUUAACACUAUUAGAUGCUGGCUCAGUGAUAUUGACGUUAAGCAUUCGAGUGUGAGACCAAAGAUCGUUGGUUCGAGUCUUACAUGUGAGAUCGUGGAGACGUACUGCUAAAGACUCCGUUAUUAAGAUGAAACGUUCAACCAAUCCUUCCAAGUUUUCAAUAUUAAUCUAGUUUACAUCAACUCAUCAAUUUCAAUAGUUUCUACAUGUCAUUUUUACAUAAAUAAAAUCAUCAUUUUCCAACAAAAAAAAGAACAGAAACUAUGGUUAAUUAUUUUUCAUCAAAUCGAUAUGUUGUUUUUUGUUGCUAACUCGAUCGAUUAACUGUCUAAUGAGUCAUCGAGAAUAAUUUAAAAGAAACAAAGAAAAAAAACCCUGAUUCAAUGAUUAAUUAUUGAAAAAUUGAUUUCUUCUGUCCUCCCCUCUCCCUUCUUACCCCCCUCUUCCCGAAAAAAAUAUGCAAAAUUAAGUUUGUUUUGUUCUUAAGAGUAUAUGAUGAUUAUGGAAUAUGAUUUGCCAAAUUUAGAUACACUGAAUUAUACAAUCGAUAACAGACUUGUUCGAAGUAAAGGCUGGUGUAAGGCAAGGUUGUUAAAUCGCACCCUAUCUCUUUCACCUGGUGAUCAACUGGAUUAUGAAGAGGUCAACAUUUGGGGGAAAGGAUGGGAUACAGUGGAUAGCUUGGAUGCAGUUGGAUGAUCUAGACUUCGCAGAUGAUCUGGCCCUUCUAUCCCAAACGCAACGACAAAUGCAGGAGAAGACGAACAGUGUGGCAGCAGCCUCAGCAGCAGUAGGUCGCAACAUACACAAAGAGAAAAGCUAUAUUCUCCGAUACAACACAGCAUGCAACAAUGAAAUCAAAUUUGAUGGAGAAGAUUUAGAAGAUGCUAAAACUUUAACAUAUGUGGACGGCAUCACUGUCGAACACGGUGGAUCUGAUGCAGAUGUGAAGGCUUGGAUCGGCAAAGCAAGAGCAGCAUAUUUACAAUUGAAGAACAUCUGGAACUCAAAACAACACUCCGUCAACCAACGCCAAAGUCAGAAUCUUCAAUACAAAUAUCAAAACAGUUCUACUGUAUGUGGCGGAAACCUGGAGACCUAAGAAAGCCAUCAUCCAGAAUAUACAAGUGCUUAUUAACAGUUGUCUACGCAAAAUACUUCGGUUCUGUUGGCCGGACACUCUCAGCAGCAACCUACUGUGGGAAAGAACAAACCAGAUCCAGUGGAGGAGGAAAUCAGGAGGAAUUGCUGAAAAUGGAUAGGACACACAUUGAGGAAAGCACCCAACUGAUUCAUAAGGCAAGCCCUCAAUUUGAAUCCUGAAGGCCAAAGAAUUUGAGUGGAAGUCCAAAGAACAGAUUAUGCGGAGAAAUGGAUACAGACGGAUAUGAGAAGUAUGAUCAAGAAUUUGAUAGAACUGUAAGGAAAGGCGUAGGACAGAGUGGGUUGGAUAAUGGUAGUUGGCUGCAUAUGCUCUAUUGAGGGCAACAGAUGUAAGUUUACAAAUAAGUAAGACUUUUACGAUCCGUCUCAUCCAGAGUUUCUCCACCAAGUGUGAUCGAGUUGAUGUUCUUCGUGUUGUAUUUGAGGAUCUUGUUUUUUCCUUUGUGUAUGUUGAGACAUACUACUGCAAAGGCUGGUGUCACGUUUUUUUUUCUUGACCUGCACUUGUUGUUGUGUGUGGGAAUCUGUAAAGUCCAGUUGCAUCCUGGCUUUCCAUUGUAUUCUGUUCUUCUUAUUAGAUGUGGACGUGUCCAUAAUCCAGACAACCACUAGAAGAAAGAAAACAUGAUGAACAAGCUGCUGAGACACUCAGAUUAGUAACCACACUGAAAUUCGAUCAACACCAAAAAAUAAACGAAUAUUGCAUUAGUGAUUACUCAGUGAUCAGUCAAUAUGUGCUAUCCCUCUUCAAUCGUCGUUUACGAUUAAUGAAAGGAAUACAGCCAGAUAACUUGCACUUGCGUUUUAUGCUACUUUUGUCGACAGACAUAUGUAGUAUCUAACACCAAUUAGAAGUGGAUUGCACGCCUUAGUAGAUUGGGAAGAGUCAAUUGAAGAAAACAGAUAGGGAACCUGAAAUUAAUUAUAAUAACAACGGAAUUGAAAGAGUAAUGGAACAUUUAAAGGACAACUAAUGGAAGAUGAGCAAAUUAUGUUUUUGAUGUAUGGUUUUCAUAUUUUACGAAAGCACAUUAGAUUGGUAUCCUCUACCUUAGUGUUCCUUCACUACACACCUACCGACACGGUGCAGUUCAGCAGUCACUGACUUCACUGUUUAAUGCUACGUGUUCGAUUGCUCGCCCCCAAAUAUCACUGCACCGGCUAACAUCACGUGUUGAGGCGGCCAGUAGUUAGGGUAGAUGUAAUAUAUUUCUCAACAAUUCACAAUGAAUUAUUGAAGGUAAUAAUGGAUAAUUAUGAAUUAUUAAGUCAAAGAAUUCGGAAGUCUGUGAGGUUCACUGAUGACAAUGACCGAUUAAUCAUUACCGUAUUUCAGAAAUGUAAUAAGGUUUGGAAAUAUGGAUCAUCUUGUUCCGAUUAGUUGAGUUGAAGAUUACGACAACAAAUGUUCAUGAGGUCGUUGACGUAUGCUGCUCUUGUUUUACCGAUCCACGUCUUCAUAUCUACAUCAGAUCCACCGUGUUUAUUAAUGCUGCUGCCCGAAUAUGUAAAGGUUUUUCCAUCUUCCAAAGUUUACUGG